GACGCACAAAGCAUCGAUGUAUUGCUCCGGCAAAAGGAGAAGAUUGACGAAUUCCUAAAGCUUCCCGUCGAAGGCCGAGCUUGGUAUGUGAUCGACUUUCAAUGGUGGAACAAGUGGUGCACAUACAUCGAAUCCGUGACGAACGAGGAGAGUUUGGACUUGGCUUCCGAUGACUAUCCCGGUGAAAUUGACAACACCGCUCUACUCAGUGAUGACGGAAAGCUAAAACCAAACUUGUUACGGGAACAAGAUAUAACCCUUAUCCCCGAAGAAGCAUGGAAUACGUUUGUUCAAUACUAUGGUUGUGUCCAUACAGACACAUCAGUCUUUCGUCGAACUUCAAUUCAGACACCAACCGGGCGUUAUGUGGUGGAAAUCUAUCCGCCUUGCUUCACUUUUCGUGAUGUGGAUACAGAGAAAGAAUAUUUUGAGGGAACCUAUAGUGAAGCACAGACAAUCGGUGAACUAAAAGCGAUCGUCAAGAAGAACCUCAAGCUUGAUAACUCAACAAACGUUCAUUUAUUUGUUGGUGAUCCCCUAGAAGAGCUGUCCGAGGAUGAUGCAACCAUUGGAGAGGCUAGUUUAGAACGACAAAAGCGCGAGAUCGCCGUGAUUGCAAAUCAGUUCUCGGGUUAUGCCCAACAUGACUCCCAUGAACUAUUGGUCUUUCUUCUCGACGGGUUACACGAAGAUUUAAAUCGAGUGAAAGACAAACCGUACAUUGAGUUCAAGGAUGCUGGAAAUCGACCAGACGAAGUAUGCUUUUCUUCCUUCAUGAAAUUCCCCACCGUGAAGUUCCAACUCAAUUGUUAA